UUCCGUCGUUCGUGAUCGUUCGUCCAAAGUUUGUCUGCUGUCAUCCGCGGUCAUAUGAUCCAUAUGAUUGAUCGCCACGCCAGCAUUGGCUUGCAUUUUUCUAUUUUUUUCGUGUGCUAUGUAGAUAGCAUUCAGUGUUCCAUCAUUUAAGAAAUACGCAUUUGAAUUUCAAUUGUCAUCAAGAAUGGGUAAUAGGUCGAGUCUUCUUUUGCGCGAAGAUGAAAUAGCACAGAUACAGAAUGCCACUGGUUUUACACCAAAUCAAAUCGAACGUUUGUACAGCCGCUUCACAAGUCUCGAUCGUGGAGAUUGUGGGACACUUAGUCGAGAAGAUUUUCUUAGAAUCCCAGAGUUGGCGAUAAAUCCUCUUGGUGAAAGAAUAGUAAACGCUUUCUUUGAAGAAAGUGGAAACGACAGAGUCAAUUUCUUGCAGUUCAUGCAGGUCCUGGCUCAUUUUAGACCUAUCAAGAAGAAUAGUCCUAAUCGGUUGAAUUCUAGACAACAAAAGUUGAGAUUUGCAUUUAAAAUGUAUGAUUUGGAUAAUGAUGAUCUGAUAUCGAAAGAUGAACUACUCGCUAUUUUGCACAUGAUGGUUGGUGCAAACAUCAGUGAAGAGCAGCUAACCAGUAUUGCAGAACGGACCAUAGUCGAGGCUGAUGAAAAUGGUGAUGGUAUGAUAUCGUUUGAAGAAUUUUGUAAGGCACUAGAACGUACAGAUGUUGAGCAGAAAAUGUCCAUAAGAUUUCUUAGUUAAAUUGAUAUUAUGUAAAUUAAUGGUAGAAUUUAUAAGGUGUUAAACAAUUGUGUUAAUUUUUAUAAUUCCAAGAUUGUGCAAUAUACAAACAUCCAUAUGUAAGUAAUCAUAUAUAGUUGGUAACCAAUGGAAUAUAUUUGCGAUUGAGAUUGUAAGAUUUAUAUAAAAUAUGUAUAAUAUAUAAAGCUUGGAUUUUUAUUGCAAGAAUUGUAGAGAAUUGUAAAAAUGAGUACGUUGUACAUUAUAUAUAUAUAUAUAUAUAUAUAUAUAUAUAUAUAUAUAUAUAUAUGUAUACAUACAUAAUAUACAUAUAUAUAAACCUACAAAUUAAAAAAUGUACAAAUCAAAGGGAUAAAAAUUGAUUCUAAUUUUGGGUCAAUUAAUCUUGUAUGUACAAAAAUAUGAAAAAAAAAUGUAUUUUAGGGGAAUUAAAAGUAAAUAAAAAAGUAUUGAAAAAUA